UUUUUUUUUUUCUUCUUCUUCUUCUUCUUCAUAUAAUUUUAUAUCUCAUUGUAAUCACUCUUUUUAUUUGUAUGCUGAUAGACAACCAAGCAUCUAUUCAAACUCGUUUAUGGAAAGGCAAAGAUGGCAAGUUUGAAGUCGAAGCUACUUUUGUAAGCAUAUUCCAAAAAACAAAAGUAAAGCUUAGGAAAGUAGGUGGUGCCUCAAUUGCUAUACCAAUUCACUAUAUUUCUUCACAAGAUGUUGACUAUCUUAUAUCUCUCUUUGGAAUAGACGAAUGGCAUAGACUGACAACAACUUCUUCUUCAACAGAAAAGAACAACAAUGGUUCCAUGAUCUCCACAAAUGGUAGUUCUUUGAAUUCCUCAUUGUCGACAAUACCUACUCCAGGCACAAUUAAUAAUACAACUUUGGAUCAAACAAUGACAGCUCUGUCAAUCCAGUCUUCUAAUUCUGUUACUCAAGACUCACUCACUGCUAGUAGUUCUCCCUCUUCUUGUCAGCCGAUCAUCGAUGAUUCACCGUCAUAUUCUAUUUCUGGAUCGGCUCCUCCAGUGUAUCAUUCAACUCAUCCUAUACAAUAUCAUGACAAUAUAGACAACAGCAUGAAAACGAUAAGCCGUUCACAAAGAUCAACCUCCCGUCCUCCACAAUAUCAACCCAACUUUGCACCAUUAGUACCUAAACAACAAAAACACCGAAGGCGAUCUUUGAUGGAGCUUUCCAGCAAUAUUAUCAUCAACAUUGGACAUUGGUUGGAUGUACGAUCUCGGCUUCAACUAUCUAGGACGAGUAGACGUGGACAUGCCUUGAUGAUGCAUCGCGAUGCAUGGUUUUAUCUCGACUUCAGAAGAAUGGAUGUGGAUCGUAUCAACGACUCGGUAUUUCGCGGUCUUACCUUUCUUUUACUUCGGUUUCAACUUCAUUAUGCACCUCGAUGUGUGGUUUUGGAUCAUACUCUUCUAACAGCUUUUUCUAUUGGUCACCUUUUACAAUACUUUCCUGCCAUUCAAACACUUUCAUUACGUCACUGCCCUGCCAUGGACUAUCAUCAACUUGCUACUGUACUAGAUGGUCUUACUACUUCUCCCGUUAGUCAUCAUCAGGGCGCGGUGUGUCAAUCUGAUCUGAAGGUUUUCAAAAUGAUAAGCAAGGUUACUUCUACUCCUAUGCAUGGUACGGACAUCAAGAUAAUUCACUCUGCUCUGGAAAGGUUAGCUCAACACCCAGUUGAAAUGGAUUGUUAUGUAUGUGAUGAUUGCCAGGUGAAUGCUUGUACAAAUACUUUAACUUGUCUACAUUGUGGCGUGAUUUCAUUACGAAGAUGCAAGGCUUGUGCUCCAGUGUGUGAUCAAUGUCAUGGCAGGCUAUGUGGUGGUAUGAUGUGUCAAGUCAAAUCGGAUAUCAAAUUGAAUCUUUAUAAUUGUGGAAGAUGUCAUCAACCUUUAGCAAUGUGCAAUCAAUCAAGUUGUUCCGAUACAUCACAACAACAGCAGUUCUUUGGACGGCAUUGGUGUACAACAAAUGAAGAACAUGGAUUAUUUCAUUCACAAUGUAGGAUCAAAAAUAAAUGGGUCUCCAAUCAAUGUACAGGAUGUGGAUUAGUCGUCUGUCCUUUUUGUGAUUUAUCUGAAUGUGGUGGUGGAUGUCAUGGUCAAUGGUGUUAUUCCUGUGUCAGCAAGAUGGAUUUACGGCAUUGCAAAUGCAUCAUUAUUCAUGGUAUGGUUGGAUCUCGAAUGAGUAAACGGAACGUCUGUUAUCAAUGCCGAAAAAUCUGCCCGCGUUGUGGUGAUGGUAGUACUGAUGCUGAUCUUCAUCCUUCUAGCUUCUGUGCUCGGUGUCUGGAUCUCCAUUUGCAAGAAUGUAAUGGUUCUACAACAUUAAAGAACAAGAAAAAAGGUAAGGACAAGCGAAAAAAAGUAUGAUGAUGAUUUUUUUUUCUCUUCUACUAUUGGUUUAUGUUAUAGUAUCAGUAUAUUAUAGUUUAUCCCCCCCCAUUAGUAUUAUUAUAUCCGUUGUAUUCAUUGUAUUAUUUUUAGUUGAUGAUCCUUAUUAGUUGUAUCAUACCAAUAAAAUUAUA